UUACAAAAAUUUCUACCGUAACUACAAUGACUACUAUCUCAAAAGCUGAGAAAGUUUCAAGUCUUUUUUGUUUAAUGCUUUUUGCUCUAUCUCUACAAGGGAAGUAGUGAGAAACUUCGAAUAUAAUAUUAAAUUAAUGUCCAUAAGUUGGAGUAGUAAAAAAGGACUUUUCCUAGGCUAAAAUCGUACUAUAAGUAACGCGAUUGUGAUUGCUAACCCUGUUACCAAGUGGAGUUUCUGGCAAUCGAAAAAAAAAAUAAAUGCAACGAUAUGAGUUUUUUUAUUAGAUCAUUAGAUGAUGAUUAGAUCACAACCCGAUGAAAACUGCAUCUCAAUAUCUUUAUUCUAAUCAAAAAUAUAUAAAAAAAAGAACUUAAUGCCCGAAAAAAGUUGGAUUUUGGGAAAAAUUUCCACUUUACGGGUUGUUAUUAAUGUUUUAUUAUCUAGAAUUUACCAAAUAGAACUCUAAUUUAUUAUUUAUGAUGCCAAAUUAUAUUAAAAAUCAAAAUGGCAACAUUUAUUUAAAAAAUAUAUUAGAAUACCCCCCACCACUUGCCAUUUGUUUUUACAGAUACAGCAAACAGCAUUAAACAAAGAGAUUGGAAUUUGUCUUUAAAACAGAUGCACUUUAACUACUGACUAAGCGAUUAACGAUUAAAGAUUUCUUGAACGGGAUAAAUCAAUUUCGAAAUGGAUUCUUUUCUUGGACCCCCUACAAAUGUUGUUAUUAAUUUUUAAAAGAUACUUGACAAUCUCUCUUCUCGAAACAACCGUCAGCCUGGCCCAGUCCAAACCCACAAAUCUGACGGCACAAAUUACCUAACGUUUAUAAAUAUACCAGGCGAGGUCAGGUUCGCUUCAGCUGUUGGACUCACACAUUCGCUUUCCAACAGUGCGUCGAUAUCGAGAACGCGUUGUUUUGUGUUUUUUUUAUUCAAAACCGAUCGGGACAGAUUAAAAAAUACAUAGUCGAAGAACUGAUAAGGUUAUCUCGCUGAUGAUUUAUUGGGCCUAAAAAUACCAGCUUGCUUUAAAACAGCGUUGAACGCGGACGCACGAUGACGGUAACUUAUACGAGCGAGGUGACAGCGAGUACUGGAAUCGGAUGCUUCCUGAAGCUGCUAGCGAGAUGGAAGGGCAGCAUCUAUAAAAUUGUUUGGGCCGACCUCAUCAUCUUCCUGGGACUCUAUUACGUCCUUAACCUAACGUACUUGUACGCCCUCGACGGAUCCUCUAGGGAAUACUUCGUCAGGGUCGUUACUUACUGCUCGAAGAACGCCAACCUCAUACCCCUCAGCUUCGUGCUUGGGUUCUUCGUCAACAUCGUUUACAGCAGGUGGUGGAGUCAGUUCACGGCGAUCCCAUACCCCGACAACCUCGCCCUGCUGAUUGGUGCCAACAUCAAGGGCCAAGACGAAAGAGCUAGGAUCGUCAGACGGACCAUCGUGCGUUACGUGUGCGUCACAUUCACUAUAACUUUGACCAUGAUGUCACCCAAGGUGAAGAAAAGAUUUCCCACAUUAAAUCACUUCGUGGACGCCGGGCUGCUAACCAAGGACGAGAAAAAAAUCAUCGAGGACCUGGACAACGAAUAUCCCAACUAUUCGAAGAAUUGGCUUCCUCUAGCUUGGGCAGCUAAUAUCACGACGAGGGCGAGACACGAGGGCAUCAUCAGGGACGACCUGUCGGUGAGGAGUAUCUUGGAUCAGAUUAAUGCAUUCAGAACCAAGUGCGGCGAAAUGUUGGCUUAUGAUUGGAUCAGCGUGCCGUUGGUUUACACGCAGGUAGUGACGAUUGCAGUGUAUAGUUAUUUCCUGAUCACAGUGAUCGGAGCCCAGUUCAUAGACGUCGAGACGUCGUCCGGUUUGCAGAAUAUCAUGUUCAGUUUUCCGACGAUGCCAGUGCUCGAAUUCUUCUUCUACAUGGGCUGGUUGAAGGUAGCGGAAACACUGAUCAACCCAUUCGGCGAAGACGAUGACGACUUCGAGGUGGUGUGGAUGAUAGAUAGGCACAUACAGGUGUGCUAUCUGUUGGUGGACAAAAUCCACCAGGACCACCCCAAGCUCAUGAAAGACUAUUACUGGCAGCAGACGGCGCCGGAUUUGCUGCCAUUCACGGUCGGCUCGCAGCAGUACAUGAAAGAGAUACCGGUACAGUCGGCGGAGAAUUUGAAGGUGAAGAAAACCGAUCAGGACCUGGUGAUACCCGAGAGCACGACGCGACAUUCGGUGCAGAGUAAAAGAUCGCUUUGGAACAUCAUCAGCAACGCAUUUACCAAAAAGACGGACUACUGCCGCGGUUAUUACCUGAGGAAAAUUGCAGUGGAUGACAACGCGGACGUCUUUGACGAGAUCAACAUCUACGAGGAGGAGGGCCCAAACAAGAUCCGGAUUCCAUUAUACCAGAAGUCGAAGUGCAACGAAAACGCGGAAGAGUUCGAAAAAUUGCGAAAAGAAAGGCUCGACCGGCACAGGGACAAGCUGCUCAAGUGUAUAGCCCUACUCAAAGCUGGCAACGAUGGCAACACGGAGAAAAAACUAGUGUAUGAUAUUGUGAGAUGAAGCAAUACAAUAAAUAAUUUUUAAAUAUAUAAACGCAUCUCUGCCUAUGGA